AACAACAAAGCAGCCAGAGCAAGCGAGCAAGCGCUGCUCGGCGCAAAUGGAAGGCAAAGCCGCGGCGAGCCGCGACGACGCCGACGAGCUGGAUCCCCUCGCCCUCACCCUCGGAUCCAUCUACGCGGCCGCCGCCGCUGCUGCUCCAGCCUCACCGCCGCCGACGGUUGCUCCGCGCGCUGCGCGCCGCCGCCUCAACAAUGGCAUGGCACCCAUCUACGCCGCCGCUGCUGCUCCAGCUUCACCGCCGCCACCGGUUGCUCCGCGCGCCGUCCGCCGCCGCGUCAACCGCGUCAAGCCACGCGCCGACGCCGGCGACCUGCUUGUCCAGGCGCCGUUCCCGUGGGCGACCGAGCGGCCCGCGCAGCACGGCACCCUGGAGAGCUUGCUGCGUCGGGGCGUGACGUCGGUCGAGGGCCAGGCGCGGUGCAAGCGGUGCGGCGCCACGAAGGCCAUCGCCUACGACCUGGAGACCAAGUUCUGGGAGGUGCGCGAGUACAUCGUCACCAACCGCCACGCCAUGUACGACCGCGCGCCCAAGGCGUGGGAGUUCCCGGCGCUGCCGGACUGCGACGCGUGCGGGCACAGGGGAGCCAUGUGGCCGGAGAUCGCCGCCGACAAGCACGAGAUCAACUGGCUGUUCCUCUUCCUCGGCCAGAUGCUCGGCUGCUGCACGCUGGACCAGCUCAAGUACUUCUGCAUGAACAACGGACGACACCGCACCGGCGCCAAGAACAGGGUGCUUUAUUACGCCUACAUUGAGAUGUCCAACCAGCUCUUGUCGUUUGAUUGAAUAUAUAUGGUGCUAGACCGGUAAAAUUAUCCUGAUGCGCAUCUAGAUUAUCUAUCUAUCAGUGAGCAAUCCGAUAUAUUUUGAUCUAGGUUGUAUGUUGUUUUGUUGAUCCAGUAGUUUCAGUUGAAAAAGAUCUAGAUGCUAUGAUAACAAAACGUAGUGUUUGCUUCAUUAUUGUUACACUUGGUUGUAACUCUAUAUAUUUUCUAAAUGCUAGAAAUAGAGAUUUUGGUGAGAAUUUAUC